UCCGUGUUCUACUCAACGCAAACAGGCUCCUUGUUGUCUGAUUGCUUUUGUUUCCACUUGAAUUUAGUGGUGGUUUAUUUUAAACUCGCUGGAUUAAACUCAACAAUUUCACCUGGUUUUUACAGACAACAACAAAAUGUGGAACAAUCCCGCAGAGCAAGACAACCAGCAGAAAUCAGGCAGUAGACUGAUCCUUCCUGCCUUGUAUGACUGUAAAAGUCUGUCACUCAGCAGGCCACAGCCUCAGAGGGACCAAGCGCUGAAGUUGAAUGAACUCUUCCUCUCCCUGCAGGGCAACAACAUUGCUCGGAUUCCUUUAGCCAUUCGUAACACCAUGGGGCAUCUCACAUCUCGCCACAUGGAGGUCAGCCAUUGGCAGGCCCUUAUCUACGAGAGCAUCCGGCGGGUAGAACGAGAAGUCGCCUGUGUGGAGCAGGUGAAAGAGAUGGCGGAGCACUGUCUCCAGGAGAGGCAGCUGUACAGUCAGCUCUUGAGUGACUGUGUGGCUCUCAGCAGCAGCUUGUGCUCAGCGGGUCUGAGACAAGACCAGGUCUUCAUCAAGCUGAAGAAAGAGGAGCAGCUGAACAACGAGAGCAGGGAGGUGCUGCAGAAGCAGAUCGCUCUCCUACUGGAGAAACUAAGCUCCCUGAAGACCAUCCGCUCUCGGCUGCAAGUGGAUUUCCAAGACAAGAUGGAGGCCAUCAAGCUCACCACCAGGUGCAUCACGUUCGAGGUGGAAACCCCGUGCUCUUACUUUCCAGCUGGGCCGCUCAAACCAAUCCACGUGAACUACGACAAGUGGCUGUCUCACUGCCAAUGCCUGAAGCUGACCGCCGACAACCUGGUGAAGGACUCGUCAUCCUGCAGGGGCAACCUGCAGUUCCUCAUAGCCAAUAUAAGGAACACCAACGAGCGGCAACGCUGCAGCACCGGGGAAUGCCUCAGGAGGAAGAUCCACGAGCUGACCAAGUUCAACGAUAACCUGAAGAUGGACAGGCAGAGGGUCAAGCACGAGAUUUCUGAUCUGACCAAGGACGCGCAGAGAGUGGCCAACCACAUUCAGAACUGCGAUUCCAGGCUGCAUCAGACCAGCCACCUUCUGGACAUCCUCAACCAGAGACCCCGACUCGAACUCUGCCUGGACCAUCCCCACAACUAUUUCACUCUGGAGAGACAGGACCUGGUAACGAUGGCUGCUGGCCUACAGUCGGUGCUCCAGCGUUCCCAGCAGAACCUGGGCAUGGCAUGCAAGCAUCUGACCUUUAUAGAAGACAAACUGGCGAGAAAUACCGAAAUCCUUGAGGUGGCGAAGAGGUGCCAGAGCCUCCACCAGAGCUUCCGGCUGGCCGUCAACACGGCUGUGGUUCUGAGUAACAGACCCAGGCUUUGUGGAGCCGGGCAAAGCUCCAGUCCGCUCAUUGACCUGCAGUAGAUGCAUCUGCUGCUACCCACAGUCCUCCUCACCUGGCGCUGCCAAUAAAAUGCCUGACAAACA